UCUAGUGUUCCCGUGUGAAGUGGGAGCAAAGCAAGAAAGAAGCAAUCAGCAGCGGCGAAAGAUCAUUGCCUGGGAUUGAAGAAGGGCAAAAGGAGAGUGCUGGAGUUUCCAGUGAAGAACCUACUUUGACUGAAAUUGGCUAAAUUCACAAGGCCGAGGGGAUGUGACAUCAGUUGCACAAUUCUACGCAGCAAGAUUUAUCAGGUUGAAGGAUCCCGGUUUUUGGAUUUCACUUUUCGGAAUGAGUGGAUUGGUGCAUUUCACUGAAGCACUAACAAGGUUUUAGAAUAAAGGGACGGUGUAAUUUGCAGAUGCUGCCAGACCUCCUGAGAUUUUCCUGCAGUUUGUGUUUUUGCUUCUGAUUUACCACAUCUGCUGUUCUUUCGGUUCUUAAUGUUCUGGGGACACAGGUUCGAAUAGCACUAUGGCCUGUCACCGAGCUGGAGGAUCUGUUUAACUGAACUGAGCUACUACACUGAAACUAGCUAAAGGGAAGCAGGAGGAACUCACCACUCAGGGUCUCCGUGUUCAAAGGUGAUGGUUUGGCUUGCAAAUCCAAGUUGGCAGAUUCCUGUUUCGAUGCUUGUGCUGUUAUCCCUACAGAUUGAAGGUAACCGUCUCGACAACAUGUUGCUAAGGAGCACUGGGAAACUCAGCGUUGAAACCAAGAAGGGGUACAUUGACAGUACCAUGUCCACAUCGCCUCAGAAGGAUUUGUGGUGUCACUGUCACCAUCAUUGUCCUGAAGAGUCAGUUAACAACACCUGCAAAACAGAUGGCUACUGUUUCACAAUAAUGGAAGAAGGUGAAACUGGAGGCUAUGUCAUCACAUCUGGGUGCCUGGGAAAAGAGGGUUCUGAUUUUCAGUGUCGGGAUACUCCAAAGUCCUCUCAGCGAAGAGCUAUUGAAUGCUGCACAGAUCGAGACUUCUGCAACCGCGAUCUCCACCCAACGUUGCCACCCCAGGACAUGAGAGAUUUUGUGGAUGGAAGCACUUAUCACAUAACCCUCCUGAUCUCUGUUACUGUUUGUAGCAUCAUCCUGGCUUUACUCAUCAUUUUCUGCUACUUCAGGUACAAAAGACAAGAGGAGAGACCGCGGUACAACAUGGGCAUUGAGCAAGACGAAACGUUCAUCCCACCUGGAGAAUCCCUCAAGGACCUGAUUGAACAGUCACAGAGCUCAGGCAGUGGCUCAGGGCUCCCUCUCCUGGUGCAGAGGACGAUAGCUAAGCAGAUUCAGAUGGUGAAGCAGAUUGGGAAGGGGCGUUACGGUGAAGUCUGGAUGGGAAGAUGGCGUGGUGAGAAGGUUGCGGUGAAAGUCUUCUUCACCAUGGAGGAGGCCAGCUGGUUCAGGGAGACAGAAAUCUAUCAGACUGUGCUAAUGAGACAUGAGAACAUCCUUGGAUUCAUUGCUGCUGACAUUAAAGGGACAGGGUCAUGGACCCAGCUGUAUCUGAUCACAGACUACCACGAGAAUGGAUCUCUUUACGAUUACUUAAAGUCCACAACCCUUGACACGAAAGCCAUGCUGAAGCUGGCAUACUCCACCGUCAGCGGGCUCUGUCAUUUGCACACGGAGAUCUUUGGAACGCAGGGAAAGCCAGCGAUCGCCCACCGCGACCUGAAGAGCAAAAACAUCUUGGUGAAGAAGAAUGGGAUGUGCUGUAUCGCCGAUCUGGGCCUGGCUGUUAAAUUCAUCAGUGACACCAAUGAAGUGGAUAUACCGCUCAACACCAGGGUAGGCACUAAACGUUACAUGGCACCGGAAGUGUUGGAUGAAAGUCUCAAUCGUAACCAUUUCCAAUCAUACAUCAUGGCAGAUAUGUACAGCUUUGGCCUGAUCCUCUGGGAAAUAGCUCGCCGUUGCGUUUCUGUAGGCAUUGUUGAAGAAUACCAGCUCCCUUACCAUGACCUGGUGCCCAGUGACCCAUCCUUUGAGGAUAUGAGGGAGGUUGUGUGUAUCAAGCGGCUGAGACCAUCCUUCCCCAAUCGAUGGACCAGUGACGAGUGUUUGAGACAAAUGGGGAAAGUCAUGGCAGAGUGCUGGGCUCACAAUCCAGCUUCUCGGCUAACAGCUCUCCGAGUGAAGAAAACCUUGGCUAAAAUGUCCGAGUCUCAAGAUAUAAAACUCUGAUGCAACGCCAAAUCUCUGCUCAGUGCUCAAGACCCUCAGACAGCACCGGACCCACAGCGAAUGGGAGAGUGACAGCCUUUUGACUCUUUCUGAACUAUCUUUCCUGUCCAAGUCAUUUCAACCUCAUGACCAUUGGCACAUCAAUGUGCUGAUUAAAAAAGGAGAAGUGAACUGAAACAACCUCCAGACGUGGCAGAACGAGCAUUCACUGGGUAUUUCUUGCUUACAUAGUAUAAAAAGCCACAGGUACUCAAGAAUUUAAUGCAAAGGGAGGUUGCAUGCUCGCUUUCUGUGAAAGCUGCUUACUUGGGUAAUUUGUCUAAUUUUGAGAAGUAUUACACAAUGAGAGACUCAAAAGCCAACUCCAACCUGAUUCAACUAGUCUAUAAACUGAUGCCGUUAACACUGGGUGGAGCUGCUGUAGAGUUUAACUGAGCUGAGUUUGUGAAGAUGAUGGGGAUGGACGUCUGUCACGUGGUAUCCACUGAGAGCGAACAGCAUCACUCAAGGGAAUGUGUUCCACCAUUGUCUGCUCUGUCACAGACUUGCGUGAAAAUUUUUCAUUGAGUAUGUGCGUGGGUAUUCCUCUGGCCGAAGAAAAUUGGAUGGGGAAGGUCCUCAUGACAGGAAUGUGACAUUUGUUAACAAGCACUGACAGGAACCCAGACAGUGUGUGACAUGGAUUGCAAUGUGUUCACCUUCCGUGCGAAACCGUUUCCAGAUGACAGGUUGUCACCUGACCGGGUUAGCCCACCUGGAACUGGAAUUCUGUGCCAAUAUCUUUCUCUCGAAUCUCUUGUCACUCCAUUGUGCUUUCGGACUUGCCUUUGUACCUCCUUUAAAAGCCUGACUGCUCUUGUAGAAAUGUUUUCAGUGGACACAGGUCUGAAAGGGGGCUUCUUAAGCUGUGAGAGGGACAAUCUCCUGAUUGAGAGCCCAUAGCAUUGGAGCAGCAUGCUGGGACGACAUGGUGGACCAUCAUUAGUAGUAGUUUCAUACAUUCAGAGGAUAGUUGCCCCUGGCUGUCAGAGCCUGGCAAUAAAAUUAACCUUAGCAACCAAGUGUCCACAGGUUACUCCUCUGGGAAAUCACUUAAGGGGCUGGUUGUGGGGAACUGACCAGUUACUGAGUGUCACUCUCUAUGGGAGGGAUCAUGGAAUUGCUACCAAAGUGCUGGAAAAAUAGAGCCCCAAACAGUGAGGAGGCAAGAAGGAGACAUAUUGUAAAACCCAAAAUGUGCUUGUCCAAGUCCCUGUCACUGAUAUUCCAUCCCCCGCUCCCUGUUUUGCAUGUCACUGGUGAGAACUCAUGGCAGUAAAUACUUGCCAGUUUAGAGACAUGGGUAGCCUUGUGGAGUUGAAUAGUUACAAUAUUGGGAAGAAUUCCAUUGCAUUCCCAAUGCACUUGCCUUUUUGUAAAUGUGUUUAGGUGUUUACUGCUAUUUUUCAGGACAUCCUACUCUGCAAAUCCAUUUAGGACCCUCACAUUUUACAUGUUGGAUGGGUACGUCCUACCCUGUUGGUUCCUGGCUGAGUACCAGAGACAAGGGAACAUUUGACAAUAACCCCUGCUGUAAGGAUGGGUCCCAGCGAAUUCCAAGGGCCUAAUCUUUAGCGUUCCCAUCAUACUGUAGCCUCCAAGCUUCCAGCUCUGUUCUCUGUAAAUGAAGAAGAGCCUUUCAGGAGUGAAGUUAGGAAACACAUGCAAGCAAGUGAAAGGAAUUCAUUACAUCCCAAGGUGAAUAAAUGCAAGAGCAGGACAAACCCUGCAGGUCAGACCAUAAGACCAUAAGACAUAGGAGUGGAAGUAAGACCAUUCAGCCCAUCAAGUCCACUCUGCCAUUUAAAACAUGGCUGAUGGGCAUUUCAACACCACUUCCCUGCACUCUCCCCAUUUCGGCCUGAAACAUUGACCUUCCUGCUCCGCUGAUGCUGUCUGACCUGCUGUGGUUGUUCAGCUCCAUGUUUAUUGACUCUUGCUCCCAGCAUCUGCAGUCCUUACUGUCUCCUAGUCACUAUAUUGCAAUAUUUAUCCUAGGCUAAAAACUGAGGCAUUAUUAAAGUACACUAUAUUCAGUCAUAACGAAACACUAGUGUUUGUUUUGGUGCAAUUCACAAAGUUUGGAAGCUACACCAAUUUCUAAUUUUUAAGUUUGAAAUCAGUAGCAUUUUGGUAACCGGAGAAAUUAAAUAAAAUGGAGACAGACAUAUGGAGUUAGAGCAAAAAUUACCUGUGAUCCCGCAAAGUAGCAGAACAAGUUCGAUGGGCUAAAUGAGCCGUUGUUUCUUGUGUUGCUUUUAUCCUUUGGUUACUUUUGCACUGAUCUGUUCACCCUCUGUGAUCAAUGCCUGGCACCAUCUUCACAGCUCCAUUGUUUCUGAAAUCUCACCCAUUACAUCAAGAAUUUCCCGAUGACAAUGCAAUAUUAAAAGAAAAUCAAUAACAGAACAAACAUGUCCGACUAUUCAGUUUUAGACCUUGUAAUUUCAGUUUUUGAAAAACAUUCACGCUUGGGCUGAUAAAUGAUGAGUAAAAUUUGUACCAUGCAAAUAACAGCCCGUGACCAUCUCCAGCAAGACAGCCUCUGACCCCCUUUGAUGUUUAAUGAUAUUAACAUCAGUGAAUCCCUCACCAUCAAUAUCCUGGGAGUUACCCUUGAUCAGAAACUGAAUAGACAGACCAUAUUAUUUCUAUGGCUCCCACCAUCCAGUAGAAUGCACCAUUGUUUCUUGGAAAAAUAUCACCGUAACAAUGCCACUGGUCAAAAUCCUGGAACUCAUUGUCUCACUUUACUAUUAACCAGGAACUCAACUAGACUCACCACACAAAUACUAUGACUUCAAGUGGAGGUCAGAUGCUAGGAAUCUGCGUUGAGUAACUCACUUCCUGUCUCCCCAAAGCCUGUUCACUAUCUACAAGACAGAAGUCAGGAGUGUGAUAGAAAAGUCUCCACUUGCCUGGAUGGGUGCAGCUCCAACAACACUCAAGAAGUUGCCACUAUCCAGGACAGAACAGCCCACUUGAUUGGCAUCAUAUCCACAAACAUUCAACCCCUUGAUGACCAACAGUGUUGUAACAGUGGCUACAAGAUACCAACUAAAGGUACUGCAGAAAUUCACCAAGGUUCUUUAAAGACUAUCUUCUAAACCAAUGACCACUACCAUCUAGAAGGAGAAGGGUAACAGAUAUAUGGGAACACCACCAUCUUCAAGUUUCUCUCCAAGCAACUCACUAUCCUGAUUUGGAAAUACAUCACCAUUGCUUCACUGUUGUUGAGCCAAAAUCCUGGAAUUUCACCCCCUAACAGCAUGGUGGGUCUACCUGCAGCACAUGGGCUGCAGCAAUUCAAGAAGGCAGCUCAUCACCACCUUGUCAAGAGCAACUAGGGACAGGCAAUAAAUGCUGGACCAGCCAACGACACUGACUUUCUGUUAGUGGUGUUGGUGUUCAUACACAGAUUCAAGAAUGACCUUCACAGUUAUGGGUGGGUAGGAAACACUGACCCUGUACACAUUUAGAACAUAGAACCGUACAGCACAGUACAGGCCCUUCGGCCCAUGAUAUUGUGCCGAACUUUUACCCUGAACGUUUACCUCAAUGUGAACAUUGAAAAAAAGUCUUUGAAACUAGAAAGGUUGUGAUCGAACUGUCUCUCCCUCCCAUCCCCCUGCUUUACCAUCAUUUGAAAAGCAUGAAAGAGUUACCAAAUGAAGCCUUCUAUACCUCCCACAUUGUCAUGAAGAAUGGGGCUGCUUUCUUGUUAGAGCAAGACAGCCAAUGGUGGUUUAACCUGAGGGUCACCAUAUCUCACAGGCUGGGAAUAGGUUACAAAGAUAAGUCCUUCAUGGUACCCUCAGACAGAGCAGGCAUUGAACCCACACUCUUGAUGUUACUCAGCAUCACAACUCAGCUAUAUAGCCAACUGAGCUAAACAUGUUUAUGCCACUGGGAGCAGAGGAACAAUCUUUUUGACAGGUAGUACAGGUUCAAAUGGCCUUAUGAUCUAAUCCUGGUACAUUAAAUGUUGUUAAACUGCCAUUUCAUUUCUGUCUACUGUUAGUUUGAAACAAACUGGACACUAUUCCUCUUGUGAUUCCUUCUAAUGGACUGUACCAUUAUUUACCCUAACUGGGCACUCACAUGUUCUGGUCACACUAUGGAAAUUUUCAUUUGGUUUCUCAGCAGAUUGAGCUACUGUUUCCCUUCGAUUUUACUCACUGGCUUUCAAUUUAUUGAAUGAACAAUGUCCCCAGUGUGAUCUGGAAUUAGUUAUCCCCUUCGCUGUCCAGACACACAAUGCUAGCAAGAUGCACCUUCUAAUCAGGACUAUUUCUGGUUAGAUUACAGAGAGUGAACCUCCUCCUAUUCUAUCUGAACAAUGAGCUUUAACACAGGCUGUGAAUGUCAUGGAAAAGAGAGACAUGUUGCUGAUGGUUUCCAUCUUGCUAUCAUCAGGACAAACACAAGAAUGCCAAAUUUCAAACAAUUGUAACAAUUUAUGUUGCAGGAGAUGUGCUGAUUGGCUUGGCCCAUUCUGGUUGCCAUGGAGAAAGUAGCAUAAAGCUACUGGCUCCUCAAGCUUCUAGGCAAUUUAGGAAAGGCGCAAGGCUUGAACAUAUUCCUUUUGUUUGUAGAGAAUGGGUCUUGUACCUGAAUGUAUGUAUAAAAGCAUAAAUGAGCCCUUUCACCUGCAAUCGUUGAUUGUCAGUGUAGCACUCAAGAUUGUUUAGCCCACAAACACAUAAUCCCAUCUGAUAUUCAGCAUAGUUUGGGUUUUAUAUGGAUGAGUACAGUCCAUAAUAGGCCUAUCACAAGCAUUUGAAGGAACAUGCAGUUUGAUAUCACAAGGAUCAUGGGGCUAUGUACAUCAUACCAGCACUGAAAGUCAUACAUGAUAUGUUUACCUGGCUGAUUCCAGGGAAUGUGGGACUGACGUAUGAGGAGAGAUUGACUACAUUAGGAUUGUUUUUGCUGGAGUUCAGACGAAUGAGGCGGAGGGGGGAGGUGGGAUCGCACAGAGACUUAUCAAAUUCUAACAGGGUAGAUGCAGAGAGUAUGUUCUGAUGGUGGGUGUGUCCAAAACCAAGGGUCUGAGGAUUCGGAGUAGACCAUUUAGGACAGAGAUGAGGAGACAUUUCUUUACCCAAACAGCGAUAAGCCUGUGGAAUUCAUUACCACAGGAAGUAUUUGAUGCCAAAACAUUGAAUGUAUUCAAGAGGCGGCUAGAUAUAACACUUUGGGUGAAUGUGAUCAAAAGUUAUGGGAUGAAAGCAGGAUUAGGCUGUUGAGUUGGACGAUCAGCCAUGAUCGCGAUAAAUGACAGAGCAGGCUCAAAGGGCUGAAUGGUCUCCUCCUGUUCCUAUCCUAUAUGUUUCUAUGUUACUCGUUAAUGUUUGGCAGCAGGUUGGUUUGGAUUGGCAGCAACAUCUGGUGAAUGGAAAGUACCACAUGGUAACUGUAGUGAUUGGAAGGAGGUCAGCCAGCUGGACCUCAUUGAAUCUGAUUUCCCUGGUUGGGGCUGUUAACUUGGUCCAAUCAGGGAGCCCUGGCUUACAGAUAAGAACAGGAGUGUCAGGGGUUCUGCACUCAGGGACCUGGAUCAGUGUCAUGUACUGUGCAGGUGUAAAUGAAAGGUGAGUUGGCAACAGGAUACUGGCCUUCCUGGAGUUAUUUCAGUAACAGCAUGGAAAAGGCUGGGUGAGUGACAACCAAGAAGUUACACCAACUUGUUAAUGUCUCAGCACUAAGGAGCACAGUGCUGAAUUACUGCCAUUCUCAGGUAAUUCAAUUCCUAAACAGCAACAAUAUGUAGAGUCUUGUGCUGAAUUGAUGGCAAUCUUUAAUGAGUCAAGCUCCAUUAGGCAGAGUACCCGUCUGCCUAGAGUUACUUCACAAAGCAAAAGAGAGAUAUUGCUUCACUUGACCUGUCUCUUGAACAGAAAACCCACGAUACCCUGUCAUUUCUUUCUUGGGGCCCUCUCCAUCCAUGACCGACACUAAAGUAAUGCUGCUGAGAAAGACUCCUCACCUGUUUUUUCACAGAAGUUUAUUGUGACAGUGAAGAUAAUAUCAGUCAGAAUGGGUCUGCUGAGCCUCUCCUGACCAAUAUAAACUUGACCAGAAGAUCAAGUUAGUUUGGGUUACAGGCUGAGGCCAAGUCCUUGUUGUUGCUUCGUGUGGACCAUUUCGUUUGUGAUGCUUCAAUAGGUCAUCUCUACUCAAACAGUUAAACAAUUAUUUUACACCAUCCAGUUGUCAGUUGGUUCACAAUCAGAAAAACCAAACCCUUCGCUGUAACUGAUCCCUUACAAUGUAUUAAAGAUGGAGUUGGCUGUUUGAUUAAUAGGGCGUGUAUUUGUCUCUCUAAGUAGGGACAGUCUAAACGUUGGGAGGAUAUCUUAUAUCGUUGUGUGAAUUUGUAUGCCAUUAGAGGGACUGUGGAGUAGAGGAAGUACUGGACAAUCAAAAUCCCUGUUGCUGACAGAGUAGGAAAAAAAUAGAAUAUUAUAUUUUGUGUAUUUUUUCAAACAAAAUGUCAAAAGCCUUUAAAUACCUUUUGGAUGCAGAAUAUCCUCCUGCAGUUCCUGAUUUUUCUUUUACUCACCAAAAUCUGAAUCCAUUUCAGUUAAAAUGGUAGCUGCCUCCCAAUUAGCUCCAAGCAUGUCCACUCACUGUUGGUUCUUGCAUGCUGUGUGGAGAGCUCCUCAAAGUCAGCCCAGCAUUUUCUAUAUGUUGGCAAAUAGGGAAUGGUUUCAGUCCUGUACACAUGGUGUGCACUAUUUCAGUCUCGUACACCUUGGGGUGUACUGUCUUUCUUUCUCUCUCUCUCUCUCUCUCUCUCACACACCACCAGUGGCUCCCCUCAUCCUUCCUCUCAAUUUUUGAUGCCAGGUAGAAACCAAGCCAGUGUGAGAGUAUGGGAGAUGUGCCAUUUCUGCUUACUGGCCUCUAUCGCACGGACAACAUUUUGGCUAAAUGGUACGAGGGAUCUACUAUUCCUCCAUGCAAUCUCUGAAGAAGUUUUUAUUUGCCAUCUCCAGUCUGCUUGCCAGGAAAGCUGAAACGGGGGACAGUGCUGGGAUACCAGAGCUUUGCAGUGUUCGUGGUGGGAUGCAACAAAUAGAAAUUUAUUGAUUGUAUAACUGGAAACAAAGCAUUUUUUUUACAUCUGUACAGAUGAGAUUUUUUUUAAGAAAAGCUACAGCUCACUGGGGAGCAGUGCCUUAUUUAAACUGUAAAUAGUUGUAAAUCAGAGGGAUUAGAAUUCAGAAUAUUAGUUGUAUAUGCUAUAAAAAUGUACUGUGUUUACCCAAUUCCUGAAUAAACAAAUUCAGACAGUGACAUUUUCAA